UGAGGAAGCAAGACAGUACAAAGAGAGAUAACCAUUCUGUUUCGUAUUGAUAUUUCCUGGAACACAGUUGUCUGCACUGACCUAUAAAAUUACAGAAGAUCACAGAAACGAAGAAUAUUAUAGACAUGUCUUUACUUGGAAGUGUUAUGAAUCCGCCUAUUCCUUAUAUUGGUAGUAUUCCUGGAGGGAAGUUGACCCCAGGGUUUCAGAUUGUGAUUCAAGGUGUUGCUCCUAGCCAUUCUGAGGGAUUUUCUUUUAAUUUAGCAUAUGGAUCAGCUGUUGGUGAUCCUCGCUCUGACACUGCUCUGCAUUUCAACCCAAGGUUCACUCAAAAUUGUGUGGUUAGAAACUCGUUCAAAAAUAACAACUGGGCUGGUGAAGAGAGACAAAAUGGAAUGCCAUUCACAAAACACACCCCUUUUGAAAUCACUAUCAGUGCAGAUGUUAAUUGUUACAAAAUUUAUGUAAACAAGAGACAUUUUUGUGAUUUUCAACACAGACUCCCCAUCAAUGGAGUCAAUACAUUUACAUGUGAAGGGACAGUAAAUAUCAGCUCUGUACAGUUUAUUGCUCCAAAUAUGCCAUCUAUGCCUGCUCCUCCACCAUACAUGAAUUACCCUGCACAGCCACCCAUGCCAUUAAUUAAUCCAGCAAUGCCACUAACAACAAUGGUACCAAACGGACUACAUCCUGGUAAAAUGAUCUAUAUAUCUGCCACACCAGUAGGCAAUGAUAGAUUUACAAUUAACCUACAAGAAGGUUCAUACCCAAAUUGUGAUAUUGGAAUGCAUUUUGAUGUGCGCUUUAAUUGUGGUUCAGAUUGUAAUCAGAUUAUACGUAAUAGCUUGUCAAGGGGAGCAUGGGGACAGGAAGAAAGAUCUAUUCCAUACUUCCCAUUUGCUGGAAAUAUGCCCUUUGAAAUGAUCAUUUUAUGUGAGAAUGGAUGUUUUAAGGUUGCAGUAAAUAACCAACAUUUCGUUGAAUAUCGACACAGAAUGACACCAUUUACCAGAUUUAAUACGCUGACGGUCACUGGAAAUCUUACUAUCCAACAAGUCAGAUUCCAGUAAUACCUCAAAUAAACAACAGUAGAAAACAAACUAUGUACAGAAUCAUCAUGUAUUUCAUAUUUUGUAUCAAAGUAAGCAGAUCUUAUAUCAGAUUAUGAAUUUUACUAAAUAUUCAUUUGGUUUUUUAAAUGAAAUAAGAUAAAACAUGUUUGUUCUUGCCAUCAGAAAAUGGUAUGUGGUUUUGAAAGUUUUAAAUGUCUAAAGUUCUUUAUAUUUUGAUUUUAGAUAUUGCACAUUUUUGGAAAUAGAUAACAGUUUUGCCGGAUUUUUUUUAAUUUGGAAGUACAUAGUGCAUGUAGGUCAUUUACAUUUGAAGUGAAAAGAUUUAUGAAAUCCCUUUUUUUUAUGAUUCAAAGCUUACUCUGUCCUGCUUUUUGUGUCAUCAU